AUGACUUCUCUCGACAAGAUUGAGACGAAGGCAACACGCUCGUCUGCCGAGAGCACCCGGUCAGACUUCGUCGAGCGAGUUAUCACAGCAGCGAGCAGCAUCAAGACCAAAUUCUCUAGCCAUGCCAGUGGACCGGCGGCGAUCUUCAAUCCUACGAACGUUCGGCUGCGGGUACAUACAAGCGGCAGCGAUGGCAUACAGCACCCGGCCACGGACAUGGCGUAUCUCUGGCGUUCCAGAGAUAACCGAAAAGGCCGCACAUCUAUCGCUGUUCCACGCGAUGACGGACGAGAUCCGUUAAAACGACCUCGCUUCACAGCUAGCCGUGGCCAAGUCGCCAAGGGUAUCCUGAGAAUGUUCACUGUCUUUCCCUACUACGACAUGGCGUACUUGGUGGGUGUCUUAUUCGCUAUCGGUUCUGCCAUCUUCGUCGCAAAUGGGAUCAUCUGCUUGCUACCUAUCGCAUACCCUGACCUCAAAUUUGGUCACGAAGCCAGGCACCUAUCAGGUGGAUUGACGUGCUUCCUUGGAGCUCUUGCGUAUCAAUUCGGGGCGCUUGUAGCGUACCUCGAGGCUGUCAAUGAUGGAUCAUUCCAUGGCUCGGCUAUGAAGAAGUUCCUUCAAGGACACGAAGACGAAGAGAAGCAGCUCGUGAAAGCCAAGCUAUAUGCCUUCUUCGACCACUUAACGCCCAUUCGAGGACGAGAACGACGCGCCAUGUUUGGAUCAGAGUCUGGCCUACCUACACCAUUUACAACAGCUUCAAUCUCUCGACGCGGUGCUAUGGACCUAGGAAGUGAAGACACAGGGUCUCAUGAAUACUCACGCUUUCGCUGGUGGCCAACAUGGAAGAGUCUGAAGAAGCACUGCAUAUUCGAAAUCGGAUGGCUGGCAUGCUCGGUGCAACUCGUUUCCGCGACAUUGUACAUGGUGGUGGGAAUAGUCGACUUGCCUGGAAUCAUGAAUACCCUGGAGCCGUGGCAAGAAAAUCUUGCCUACUGGAUCCCCGAUAUGGUUGCUUCGGCAGGGUUCAUCUUUGCGAGCCUACUUUUCACGCUUGAGAUACAAGACAAAUGGUUUAAACCGCAACCUCGCAUCCUUGGCUGGUGGGUUGGUUCUUUCGCACUACUGGGCUCGAUAGGUUUCGAAAUCUGUGCAGCUUUUGGUCCUGCUACGUACGGUAACGAGGACAUCGAAUGGCAGUCGUCUAUCGCGACAACUUGGGCCUCGGCUGCGUUCCUCAUCGCGAGCAUGUUGCAAUGGUGA